AUGGCGAGACGUGUACGCAGACAGAUCGAGCCAACAGCCGAGGAUUUGUCCAAUGUAUCGUUCGAGACCUCCGAAGAAGUGGACGUGGUGCAAACGUUCAGUGGCAUGGUUAGAAGAAUCGAAGGGGCUAAGCAAAGUAUUUUAAAGGUACUGCUGGCUUUGGGCGAUUACCUGAAUGUGCAAUGUCAUGCAUGUAUUGGCGGUACAAAUGUUGGUGAAGAUAUUCGUAAACUGGACUAUGGACAACAUGUUGUUUCUGGAACUCCAGGACGAGUUUUUGGGACUAAGCAAAGUAUUUUAAAGGUACUGCUGGCUUUGGGCGAUUAUCUGAAUGUGCAGUGUCAUGCAUGUAUUGGCGGUACAAAUGUUGGUGAAGAUAUUCGUAAACUGGACUAUGGACAGCAUGUUGUUUCUGGAACUCCAGGACGAGUUUUUGAUAUGAUCCGACGACGUAAUUUACGGACGCGAAAUAUCAAACUGCUGGUACUGGAUGAAGCGGACGAGAUGCUGAACAAGGGAUUCAAGGAGCAGAUCUACGAUAUCUAUCGUUAUCUUCCACCCGGUGUUCAGGUAUUUUACCCACAACGGGUACGUUUCGUUGAAGAACUUAACAGAAAAACUGAUGUUUUGUUGAUGAAAUAUUUGUUAAUUUAUGGCAUUUUUUUGCUUCCUUUUUCGAUAGUGGUGUAUUGUUGCAGUGAUGAAUUGACACUGGAAGGAAUUAAGCAAUUUUUUGUGGCAGUGGAUCGCGAAGAAUGGAAAUUUGAUACACUCUGUGAUUUAUACGAUACGCUUACAAUCACCCAGGCAGUCAUCUUCGUAAAUACUCGUAGAAAGGUGGAAUGGAUGACAGAAAAACUGAAGGAAGCAAACUUUACGGUUUCGGCAAUUCAUGGUGAAAUGGAGCAGAAAGAGCGUGACGAAGUGAUGAAGCAGUUUCGCGGUGGCGCAAGGUAGCU